AUGAUCGAUGACCAGCUCAACUACAACAGCCACGUCGAUUACGCUUGCGAUAAGGCAGCAAAAGCCACCACAGCAUUAACCAGAGUAAUGGCGAAUAGCUCUGCGAUUAGUAGCAGAAAGAGGAGACUCCUAGCCAGCGUUUCUACUUCUGUACUCAGAUAUGGUGCUCCCGUCUGGGCGGCAGGAGGAAUCACGAAAAGGAACCUGACACGGCUCAACAGCACAUACAGGUUAAUGGCUAUGCGGGUGGCAAGUGCGUACCGGACCAUUUCGAUGGAUGCGGUCUGCGUCAUAGUAGGCAUGACUCCCAUCAAAAUCUUAUUGGAGGAAGAUUGUGCCUGCUAUGGACUACGUGGAACGAUGGGAGCACGCAAGAUUGCGAGAGUCGAUUCGAUGCGAAAGUGGCAGCAGGAUUGGGACAGUAGUUCGAAAGGAAGGUGGACCUAUCGGCUCAUUCCGAACCUGCAGUCGUGGGAGGACAGAAAACACGGAGAAGUCAACUUCUUUCUGACGCAGUUCCUGUAUAGAUUCGGACACGCAGAGUCUCCACUUUGUGCGGCCUGUCCGAACUGUGAAGAAACACCGGAGCACGUGAUAUUCGACUGUCCACGAUUCAGGGCAGAACGGAGUUGGAUCUCAACGGUCAGCACUCGAAGCAUAAAUCCCGACAACAUCGUUCAGGAAAUGUGCGAAAAUGAAAAUACGUGGAACAUGGUGAACAGAGCAGUAACGCAGAUCAUGCUGUCGUUGCAGCGAAAAUGGCGUGAAGACCAGAGAGCACUGGAUAGUGAGCGAAGGAGAUGA